CAAACACGUCUCGACAUAUCGCAAUCAUGUCAACAUUCGGCGGUCCCGGCGGUCGCCAAGUCAUCGCAAAGCCCACACCACCCGAGCGCGGAUCCUUCCCUCUUGACCACGAUGCCGAGUGUCAACACAUCAUGAAGUCAUACCUCCGCUGUUUGCGCGCCCAUCGCGGAAUGAACGACGACGAAUGCCGCAUGCUGAGCAAGAGCUAUCUACAAUGCCGAAUGGACAACAACCUGAUGGCGCCCGACGAGAUGAAGAAUCUUGGUUACGACAACACUCCCGAAGCACUCGCCGCAAGUGCUGCCGCUGCUGCUGGUCAGUCAAAGAUGGAUGAUGCUACAAAGAAGGGCCCAGAGCGAGGGCAGAAGUAAGAGAAGGCAAGAUCACCUCAAGGCGGCGGCGGCUUGUAAGAGUAGGAAGAACAACACGGAUACCCAGGGCUGCAAUGCGCAUAACACAACAAAGAAGAGAAGAGACGGAAGACUGUUCAUACGCUACACUCAAUACUAUUGAUUCACAAUCACAGCUUGUCCUUCAGUCCGUCCCAGAGUCCUUGCAAAAAGACCGAAGCCGCAUACGCUCCGGGAUCUCUCGGUACAUCCUUCUCGCUGAUCUUGUCGCCAACGUACGUCGCCCUACCGUAGACUGCAGGCAUACCCUCAGUCUUGUCCGCACCCUUGACCGCUUCCGUCACUGCCGCCUUCAAAUCGCCCUGUUCCGACAAAGUCUCGCAAAAGGGGAUCAGUGUAU